CCGUGGAACAGAGUCGAGGAUGUUGGAAAGAGGAAAAAAGGGAAGUGGCGGCGCCCUGGUGGAAACGUUAUAGUAGUAUUUCGGAUAAUUAUCUUCUGCUAAUGAAUAAUGAACUGUUUCUCUCUUCUUGGAGAACAGUGAUACGAUGGCCUCGCAGGAGGCGGAGGAGCCACCUCCAUCCAGCAGGCAAGGAGAUAGUCGUUUGAAGAGCAAGAAACCAUCCAGCUUGGUAAUAGCCAUCCCUCCACCUGAAGCCCAGCAAGAGAUGAUGGCUCGUGACCCAGCAAAGCAGCCCUUACGCCCAUUUCUGAAGAAAGCUACGAGCAUUCAGGCAGCCAGUCCAGCUUCAGAAAGCAUGACUGGGGCUGGAGAUUCAACUGAUACCAGUGGCAGAAGGUCAAAAUUAGGAAGACAAACAUCUCUCUCACAAAGCAUUCGCAGGAAUACAGCCCAAUGGUUUGGUGUGGGGGAUGAUUCUGAGACCAAACAACAGGUGUGGCACAGAAAGAGCCUGCGCCACUGCAGCCAGCGCUAUGGCAAACUGAAACCCCAAUACAGAGAGCCGGAGUCAGCCACCAGUAUUGACCAGAGCCUGGACUCGCCAGGCACACAGAGGAUGCCCAAGAUUGUGGAUCCCCUGGCACGUGGACGACCAUUUCGGUAUCCAGAAGAAGGAUCCCCCAGGACUCCUCUUACCACCCAUGGGGUUCCCAUUACACCAGGGGUCACCUCACUUUCCUCCUUCACCAGCCAGCGCUCUUGUUACAGCCGCUACCCCAGACGCAAGAGGGAGUCUGUCGCCCGCAUGAGCAUCCGAGCUGCUUCCAACUUGCUAAGGGGUCGUAGUGGACUAGCAGGCUCCCAGACAGGCCGUAGUUUCCAUAAGAAGAGCUUUAUCAGGCCCAGCUGGAUGGACGAGGACACUGUGGAUUCUGCAGACACAUCUGAAUCAGUUUUCUUCAGCAAGGUCGAUGCCCAUGAUGAAUUAUACUCCAUGGCUGAUGAUGUCUUUGAAUCCCCUCCAUUAUCAGCUGCUUUCGUUCCCGGAGGAUUGCCUGACCAGAAGAUCUCCAGUCUAAAGGAUGUAUCUCGAAUGCCGAGGACUCCAACGGUUGUGCCUGAAACAGCUCAUCCUCGCCGCGGUCGUCGCAUUGCCUCCCAAGUUAAGCAAUUUGCAUUUGGCAAACAAAAGCGCCAGUAUGGUAUGGGCGUCGUGGGCAAGUGGCUGAACAGACACUAUCGCCGCAGUCUCAACAGCAACAUCCAGAAACAAUUGGAUGACUUCCACAGCCACAGGCCCUACUUUACCUACUGGAUCACCUUUGUCCAUAUAGUAAUCACUUUGCUGGCAUGUUGUACAUAUGGCUUUGCCCGUGUGGGGUUUGCACAACAUUCAACAACUGAACUGGUCCUGAAGAACAAAGGCAUUUAUGAGAGUGUAAAAUAUGUUCAACAAGAGAACUUCUGGAUUGGCCCAAGUUCUGAGGACUUGAUCCACCUGGGAGCAAAGUUUGCACCAUGCAUCCGCCAGGACAAGCAAAUAGUUAGUCUGAUCCAGAAAGCCAAGGGUCUAGAGAAAGAGUCUGGCUGUUGUGUUCAGAAUGACAACUCUGGAUGUGUGCAGACCCAAAGCUCCGGCUGCUCUGAGACACUGGCCACCUUUGUGAAGUGGAAGGAUGAACCUGUGAACAUCAGCAGGUCUUCUGGCUCUGUCUGUCACCAGGAUCCCAGAGUGUGUGAGGAACCUGCCUCUGCAGGGGCGCACAUAUGGCCAGAUGACAUCACCCAGUGGCCGAUGUGUACGUGGCCCAAGAAGUGGAACCACACAGGAUACAGUCACAUGGACUGCAACAUCAAGGGACGGCCCUGCUGCAUCGGAACCAAGGGCAGAUGUGAGAUUGCGACCAGGGAGUAUUGCAGUUUCAUGCAUGGUUACUUCCAUGAGGAUGCCACACUCUGCUCACAGGUCCACUGUCUGGAUGAUGUGUGCGGCUUGCUGCCUUUUCUCAACCCUGACGUUCCUGAUCAGGUCUACCGUCUCUGGCUUUCUCUCUUCCUCCAUGCUGGGCUGCUGCACUGCCUGGUGUCUGUGGUCUUCCAGAUGACCAUACUCAGAGACUUGGAGAAAUUAGCAGGUUGGCUCCGCAUCUCCAUCAUUUACAUCUUGAGUGGUAUUACUGGAAACCUGGCUUCUGCACUGUUCCUGCCCUACAGAGCUGAGGUGGGUCCAGCAGGCUCUCAGUUUGGUCUCCUUGCUUGCCUGUUUGUUGAGCUGUUCCAAGGUUGGCAGAUGCUGGAGAAACCAUGGAAGGCCUUUCUCAAACUCCUGUGUAUUGUGUUGUUCCUCUUUAUGUGCGGCUUGCUGCCAUGGAUCGACAACAUCGCCCACAUAUUUGGUUUUCUCAGUGGGUUGCUGCUGUCCUUUAGCUUCUUGCCUUAUGUCACGUUUGGGACUUUUGACACUUACCGGAAACGCAUACUCAUCGUCAUCUCGUUGUUGGCUUACAUUGGGCUGUUCGCUUCCCUCAUUGUUUGGUUUUACAUUCAUCCAAUUAACUGGCACUGGCUCGAGCACCUGACCUGCCUUCCCUUCACGAGCAAGUUCUGUGAAAAGUACGAUAUCGACCAUGACAUUGGCCACGUGGUGAACUAGUCACGAAGCGAGUGACGCGCCUCAGAUGACCCCAUCUUGCCUACUACUGAUCCACUGUCUUAGAGAAUGACUGCAGUGAUUAUUAUGGGGCUCUUUCAGCGGCCUUUAAAAAUCACAUUGAGUUAUUAAUUCUUGAGGGGACACGAGUCUAAGUGAAUGGAAAUAGUUCUGUCUCCUCUCAGCCUGCUGAAUCUCUAACUUCUGUAGAACUACACUUAAACAUUGAUACUCUAGGGUACGUAUGCAAGACAGCAAGGUAAUGUACUGAUGGGUGUACCAGUCCUCUGGAUCACAGGAUGAGAGCCUGGAUGGACAGAUGUGAAAACAUCUGCAGGGUGAGGAGACUGCUGCUUCCGGCAGUCAUAAUGUGGGUAAAAGACGCCAAAUACAACAAAGUUCCAGACAUGAAUGAGUCUCCUGCAGUUGUCUGUUUAAUUUUGCAUCCGCCUCAAAGCAGUGUUGAAAAGUGCUGAUUGAUUCCACACUGUCAACCUGGGAAUUGCCAUCAUAUUUUCUACUUCUUUUGAGUAACGUAGGCUUAACACUACUGAAUCUGCUGUUUUCCGGUGUUUAGCCACAACAAAAUGCAUUGAGCUGGUUUUAUGUGCACUGUUUUUUUUUUGUUUUUUUUUAGUGAACAUACUUGGCAAGUUAAUGUUGUAAAGUUCUGUGUAUAAACUAAUCAGAUUGGAGUAACAGUCAGUUGUCUGUCUACCUGCAUUUGGAAGUGUGAUAACAUUAAGGCAAAUAUUUUAUGUACAAACCACUAGUUGCCUUAAACACACUACGCCGUUUUACAUUUUGAAAAUAACCAGUCUUUUCACAAGCUGCUUAUAUGCAUGUUGGCAUUCAGAGUAAAUUAAAUGUCUAGUGUCUGCCACAAACACAGUUUCUCAGUCAAUAUUCAUAUGUCUAAUAUUUUUCAAUGAACAGUGGUGCCUAAAUAAUUUUGUCCUGUGCAGAGUUACUGUACUGUGGAAAAAUCUUAGGCAGCCCACGUAUUUCUGCAUAAAUGUAUAAAUGUGAGUUUUAAGCAUUCCGAGACCCCCACCCCGCUGUAUGAAUAUGCUGUGAAAUGACAAAUUUUACAUUUCCAAAUGCUAAUUACAUUGUAGGCCUAAGACGGGGGGUGAAAAUUUGAACCAGCUUUAAAAAUUGCUUUAAGUUGUUGCACCUAUAUUUAUACAUUUUUUCUCAGAGUAUAUUGAUAAGAUGUUGAAACCUUAAAUUUAGGUGUAUUAAAUUAGAGUAAUUUGAUAAAAUUGGUCAAGAUUAACUUUUCACUGAAUGCAUAAAUGGUGAUCAAUAAGUCAACAGUUGGACAAUUCACCCAAAUGAAUUUAGAUUUGUAAGUAAUGUCGUCAUGAUGUGAUAUUUUUUAGUACUCUUUAAUACUUAGCACUGUAACAAAAUGAUUUAAUAUUUGGAGCCUUUUUGUUGUUUCUGCAGCAUAUUUGCUCUUUGGGUGAAUUUUUAAAUUCAUUUUCAGUCAUGCCUAAGAUUUUUUUUUUUUCCCCCAGUAUUUUUGUUAUGAAUGUCUUGUUUGUAUUUUUAAGAUCAAUGCAAGUGUGAGGUUUCUUUUUUAUUUUGCUGCACUUUUAUGAAAGUGGCACCUGAGACUUCCCAUGUGUGUAAAAUGCUGCACAGGGCUGUUUUACUGUCUGCUUUGGCCAAAAUCAAUCAAGAGUUUGAUGUUUUACUCUUGCUGUUUUUUUGUUUUGUUUUUUUUCUUCAAACUCUGCCUCAUAUUUAGUCCAAAAUAUGGACAUGAGUAAACAGAGUAUAUUUACUUAUUUGUGCUCAUAGCACAGCAGCUGGUGGUUUUAUGGUCCAUCAUCCAUAACAUCCUUGUCAGGCUCAUUUCGGCCUCUUUCAAUGACAAUCUGUGCUCUGUGUUAAACGUUUGUUUUUUUUCUUACCGCUGUAUUCAGAUCGUCGCGGCCACUCAUUUCAAAGCGUUGGACUUCAGGUGGGCAGCCUGGUAACCACAUGCUUUUUUAUUUUAAGAAAGUGGAUGACUGUGCCUUCUUUGACCACAACACCUGUUUGCAACACUUCAACUGCUGUUUGAAUUUGGACCAACUUAUUUUAUUUUCUUUCUAUGGAGCAAACAUGGAA